AUGUUGCGGGCUUGUGUCAUAGAUUUUGGUGGGAGUUGGGAUUCCUACCUACCUCGUGUAGAGUUUUCUUAUAACAACAGUUAUCACUCCACCAUUGGUGUACUGCCCUUCGAGCUUCUAUAUGGUCGGAGAUUUCAUACCCCAGUUAGUUGGGAGGAUGUUGAUCAUAGAGUCAUGGGAAGGACUGAGGUAGUGGUCCCAUUGGAUGAUAAUCAUGUCGAUAAGUGCUUGAAUUAUGUUGAGAGGCCGGUAGUUGUAAUGGAGAAAAAGAUUAAGGUUCUACACAACAAGGAGAUACCUUUGGUAAAGGUUCAGUGGAAACAUUGUAAAAAGGCUCCAACUGGACUUGGGAACCAGAGGCGGAGAUACGGGAGCAUUAUCCCGAGUUAUCCAAAGCAUCAGACUUUGAGGACGAAGUCUAGUUCAAGUGGGGGAGAAUUGUGUACAUAUGGCGUACUCAUGCAUGAGGAAGCAUGUCUCACACGCGUACGCCCAACGUACUCAUCAGGAGUGAUAGAAGAUUCAGUGAUUGUGAGAAUGGGGAGAGGGAGGGUGGAAUUGAAGAGGAUAGAGAACAAAAUCAACAGGCAAGUCACCUUCGCAAAGCGCAGAAAUGGACUGUUGAAAAAGGCUUACGAGCUUUCCGUUCUCUGUGAUGCUGAGGUUGCUUUGAUCAUCUUCUCCAACAGGGGAAAGCUCUAUGAGUUUUGUAGCAGCUCAAGCAGCAUGCUGAAAACACUGGAGAGGUAUCAAAAAUGCAACUAUGGAGCACCAGAGUCAAAUGUCUCUGCAAGGGAAGCACUAGAACUAAGUAGUCAACAGGAGUAUUUAAAACUUAAGACACGCUAUGAAGCCCUACAACGUUCCCAAAGGAAUCUUCUGGGUGAAGAUCUUGGGCCUUUAAACUGCAAGGAGCUUGAAUCGCUAGAAAAACAGCUCGAUACAUCACUCAAGCAUAUCCGAUCAGCCCGGACACAGCUCAUGUUGGACACACUUUCAGAUCUUCAAAAGAAGGAGCAUGCGUUAAAUGAAGCAAACCGGACCUUGAAGCAAAGGCUGAUAGAAGGAAAUCAAGUAAACUCACUCCAUUGGUAUCCACAUGCCCAACAGGAAGUCUGUUAUGAAAGACAACCUCAACCUCAACACCAAAACGAUGAAGCCUUCUUUCAUCCCCUCGACUGUGGGCCCACUUUACAAAUCGGAAAUGGGUAUCAAACGGAUUCACUAACGGCAGGAGGAGGAGCAGGGCCAAGUAUGAAUAAUUACAUGCAAGGAUGGUUGCCAUGUUAAAAAGAAUAACUUAAAUAUAUAUAAUAAUAAUUAAUUAUGGUAUGGGUUUGUGGGCAUAAAAAAGAUCCCAUGCAUGUGUGCUUAAUUAGUUAACUGCUAUAUAUUGUAAGUUAUUUGGAACAAAUUUAUGUCAACAGAAUUAAGAUCUCUCUCUCUAUAUAUAUAUAUUUCUGAAAACUGAUGACAAUUUUAUGUUGGUCA